AUGCAGCUGCAACGCCUUCUCACGCUGGCUGCUGUGCUUCAAGGCGCAUUGGCUGCUCAUCGCUCGCGUCCGAAAAAGACACUGGAGGCAGCGUCUCUGUUCAAGGCUGCAGCGAACCCUCAAUCUCCCUUGCCAAUCAUUCAGCUUUACAAGCCAGUAUCGGCUCCACAAUCGUCGUCAUGUAAUGUUCAGCAAACAUUAAUGGUGCACACGUUUGCCUCAAGCUAUGGGGUACCCUACGUGGGUCAAUACAUACCACCAGGCUGUGAUUUCAACAACGUAGUCAUCGAAUGGACUGUGACCAGUGCUGGCCGUCAAUUCGACCGCCUGGCUGAAAUGUAUCUCGGCGACAUUGAGGUAUGGAGGACCAGCACGGCCGAGCCCACUGCUUCGGGCAUCAUCUUUCGUUAUGAGAAGGAUCUCAGCAUGUACUUGAGUCUUUGGAAGUCGCCACAACAGCUCAUAUUCUCUUUAAACAACGUCUAUGAUAACAUCUACACCGGAGCCUUCAACACUACUCUGAAAGCCAUCUUCUCCUACAAUCCAGCCAAGCCAGCUCACGCCGAUCUCAUCUUGCCAAUCACACCUCAACUCGGGAGUGCUGGUCAGCCCAGUAUUUUUACCCUGCCAGGAGACAGUGCAAGCGUUCAACAAACUCUUCCUCAAAACGUCAGCCAUGCAACCGUCUCCAUCGCGGCCACAGGCCAGAGUAACGAAGAGUUCUGGUACACAAACGUUCUGCAAUCUGACAUCAACGACUUUAACUCUACUGUUGGUUCUUUGCUUGGGUUCGGACCGUUCCGAGAGGUCCAGUUAUUCAUCGACGAUAUGAUGGCAGGUGUGGCAUGGCCAUUCCCUAUCGUCUUCGCCGGCGGUAUAGCGCCGGGGUUCUGGCGUCCAGCCGUGGGUAUAGAUGCCUAUGAUCUGCGUGAGUAUGAGAUCGACAUCACUCCAUUUUUGCCAUACCUUCUUGAUGGAAAGUCGCACGCAUUCAGUAUCAGAGUCGUAGGCAUGGAUGAUAACGGAGGUAACGGUGCGGCUACGCUGUCAACGAGCAGCAUCAACAGCUACUGGUUGGUGUCGGGCAAAAUUCUCCUGUUUUACGGAGAAGACAGCUACAAUGGCACCCAUGCUGCUCCGACUAUCUCCACUUCACCCAUCAUCCAGGCCACCUCUAGAGUCGAUCGUACUAGUAACGGUACCAUCUCAUCACUAUCUUAUAGCGUCUCAGCCAAGCGUUCCUUUUCCGUCAAAUCUAGCUAUGGCAGCUGGACUCAAAGCCUCGACUACAGUAACCAAGGGCUCGUUGGACAAGCGGGACUAUUCACUUCAAACAUACAGAGGACUGUGGGUAAUCAAGCCGCAGUUGUCAAUAGUGCACCGGGCUUCUCGAAUACGCUCAGCUUCACUUACCCCAUCACUGCCAAUCUCACCUACAAAUCAGCCGACUUCACACAGUUCAACACCUCUAUCGACUACGGGCUCCAGAUCUCAUCUUCAGGUCGUCCAGACCUAUCAACGUUCACUCUGGUCACUGGGCACAUGGACCUUUCUGAAAGGCAAUUCGGUGACGCGUUCUAUUCGAAUGUUCCUAAUAACAGCUUCUCGUACGGGAUAAUGGACCGUAGGUUCCAGGAGCUGAGCUACGGUAUUCCUUACUCAAGGCAUAUCAAAACUAACACCUGA